UUAAAUGUUCCCAUUUGUGCUACUUUGCGGAUCGGAGAGAAACUGGUUGUAACGCAAUAUCCAUUAAGUCAUUCGUGUAUUGGCUGUCGUUUGAACAACAAUUGUUUUUUUUUUGUGUUUUUAAUUUUUUUAAAUUUAUUUUAAGAAUUUUUUUUUAAAAAUGGAUCAAUGGAAGGGAAAAGUUGCCCUUGUAACAGGCGCAAGUGUUGGAAUUGGAGCAAAUACUGCCGUAGAAUUAGCGAAUGCGGGCAUGAUCGUUAUUGGAAUUGCUCGUCGUGAAUCAGCAAUUGCAGCUUUGGUUUCAAAAGUAACUGGCGAAGGAAAAAUUAUCGCAAAAAAGUGCGAUUUGACAGUUGAAGCUGAAAUUAUUGAAGUUUUCAAAUGGAUCGAAGCUAAUUAUGGAGGAGUAGAUGUCUUGAUCAACAAUGCUGCGUUGCUUUUGUCGAAUUUCAUGACAGAAACUCCAACGGAUCAAAUUCGUGAAAUUUUCAACUUGAAUGUCGUUGCUGCGACAAUUUGCGUGCAAGAAACGAUCAAAAAUCUCCGAAAACGUCAAGCCAAGGGACAUAUUAUCAAUUUGAACAGUAUUUUGGGUCAUCGCAUCCCCGACGUGCCUCGUCCUGUCUUCGGAAUUUAUCCUGCGUCGAAAUUUGCCAUGUCAGCAAUCAAUCAUUUAAUUAAAGCGGAGAUGAGUUAUCUAAAAGCGCCCAUUAAAUGUACGAGUAUUAGCCCUGGAAUGGUAGAUACGGAUUUAAUUUCGACUUUUAGCUCGAGUUUCAAGGAUUACAUGACGAAAUUACAAGCGGAGGAUGUCACAGCGGCGAUUUUGUAUGCUCUCGGAACGCCCGAUCGAGUUCAGGUUGAAGAAAUCAUUUUGCAAGCGAUGCAUCAUACAUCUUAACAUCUCGAUGAUGAAAUUCGAAACAACCACAUGCAAUAAAUACAUUUUUUCAAUGUCAUUGUUAUCAAAUUACUUGCGAAUAAAAGCAUUUUUUCA